GUCUCCACCGCGUUUCUUGACCUACACGAAUACGACUUCAUGGCACCGUAUGAUGACUGGAAUAGGGUAGACGAUGAAGAGGACGAGGAACUUCAGGAUACCUCUUUCAUGGAGGCGAAGAAAGAUGUCAUUCUAUUCUGCAUCGACUGCUCCCCUUCAAUGCAAGAGCUUUACGACGACCCCGUGUACGAAGGGGUUCAAACAUGUCACUUGUUUGCUGCCCUUGACGCGGCUGUUCAAAUCCAGAAGAAGAAGAUUAUAACCGGCCCAAAUGACUCUGUUGGAAUUCUCUUAUUCAACACAACAAGAAAAUCCGACGCUCCCAGAGGACAAGGUUCUGAAAUAAAGAAAAACACGUAUCUGUUCCAACCGAUCUCGCCUCUGGGUGCCCCUAUCAUCCAAGAGCUAAUGGUAUUGCUUGAAUCUGCCAGAGAAAACCCUGAGGAGUUGCGCACGACUCUACCACCGUUAACUGAAAAACGCGUCGCUAUGGGGGACGUUUUCACGAGUUGUAACUGGGUCAUGCGGGAUGGCGCGCCCAAGACUGCCUCGAAACGAGUCUUUUUGAUCACCAAUGAAGAUAACCCUCAUGCCGGACCUGGGAGCAAACAGUUGAUAACUUCCGCUCGGACUACAUUAACUGAUUUGACCCAAGCUGGAGUGACCAUGGAACCAUUUUUCAUCAGCACAGAAGAGAAACAUUUCAAUGUCUCAAAGUUUUAUUCGUACGUAUUGCAACCAACCUCAUUGGCGGAGGAUGAAGACAACGCAGACGAUCCCUCCGUACUCCCUGAGUCUAUAUCGAUAUCACGAAUAGAAGAUCUUCUAGCUCAGAUGCGAUUUCAUGAAGUUCCGAAAAGAGCUCAGUUCAGUAUCCCAUUUGAACUAGGCAAAAAUUUCACCAUUGGAGUCAAGGGAUAUGGCCUAGUGACACAACAAACGAAGGGGACAUACAAAUAUUUCGUUGACCUUGGUGAUCGAAUGGAACUAGUAGUGGUGAAGACAGAUAACGUCGAUGAGGACCGGCAACAGGAAGUAGGAAAGGCUCAACUCCUCUUUGGGAUGGGCUUAGGUGCCUCCAAUAAGGACGAUGAAGAGGAAGAGGAUGACUCGCUUUCGGCGGUCCGCGUCGUCAAAGCCGGUAAACGUCCCUUCUACACGGCGGAGGAAGUACGAAACUUCCGGACGCUAGGUAUGGAACCUAUCAUCAAGCUACUGGGGUUCAAAGAUCGCAGCGAAUUGGCGUUUGAAGACAAUGUCAAGCAUUCCCUUUUCAUUUACCCUGACGAGAUGGCGUAUUCCGGCAGUAGGAGAACUUUUAGUGCCCUGCUGAAGUCAAUGGUCAAGAAGAACAAGAUCGGCCUCGUCCUUGCCCUGACACGUCGUAACUCCUCUCCUACUUUCUGCGCCCUUUUACCUCAAGAAGAGAAAGUUGAGGAAGGAGGCUGGACCGACCCUGCCGGCUUCCAUUUGAUAGUUCUACCCUUCGCGGACGAUAUUCGGGCUGCGCCCAUCGAUAAAGGCGAGAUUGCGUCUGACAAUCUAGUUGAAGAAGCGCGUACAUGGAUGGAUAAGCUCACCCUAAAGAACGGAUCAUAUCCUCCUGAUUCGUACCCUAAUCCCGCACUGGCUUUCCAUAAUGCUCAGCUCCAGGCGAGUGCAUUCAAUGAGGAGUACGACCCCGAGUCGUUUGAGGAUCUUACAAUACCGAAGUACGAGAUGGUGCAUAAGCGAGCAGGCAAAAUGAUGAAAGCAUGGAAGGAUGUUCUUAUGGAUGAUCCGAGCGCUAGUAUGGUGGUAGCCGUUACUGGGUCUAAACGCAAAGCUGAUACCAGUGUUAGUGAGGUAGAGGUGCGAAGUAAAUAUGAAGCGGGACAGCUGUCUAAGUUGCGUGUGGAUCAGCUCAAGGAGUUCUUGAAGAGCAAAGGAACAUCGACUCAAGGCUUGAAAGCCGACCUCGUGCAGCGGGUCGGUGAGUGGCUGGAAGCGCAUUAGGUUUUUUUUUUGCAUACUUGCAUACUUGCAUAUAUCCCAGAUAGUGUAUAUGAUAUUGAUCCUUCAUCUCAUCUUGUCGAUAAUACCAGCUGUCUAUAUCUACAGCUAUAUCAAAUUUUUUAAACUUU